AUGAUUGACAACGGAGCGAACGCGAGGGUGGCGGAGACUAACGGCGUCAACGGCCACAGCCAGACCAACGGAACAAACGGCCAUGUCGUACCCGUCGCCCAAAAGGUGAACGGCGAGGUCAAGGCUGACGGCACCGCGAUGGACGGCGAGGUUCUCGCACAGCAGCACCUCGAGCCCCUCUGGCUAAAGAUGGAUGCCAUGGUGCCCCCUACCCCCAACCCUGUCGCCGCUCCUCACAUCUGGAAAUACCAGGAGACCCUGCCUUACCUUCUUGAGGCUGGCCGCGUUGUUCCCGCGGAGGCGGCGGAGCGACGAGUGCUCAUGCUCGUUAACCCUAAGAUGGGCAAGUACCCAAAGUCUCCCUACACCACCGACUCCAUCUAUGGUGGCCUCCAGCUCGUCAACCCCGGCGAGACUGCGCCUGCCCACCGCCACAUCGCCUUCGCUAUCCGCUUCAUCAUCGAUGGAGAAGGCUUCACUGCUGUGGAGGGUAAGAAGAUUCCCCUCAAGAGGGGCGAUGUUAUUGUUACUCCCACCUGGCACUGGCACGACCACGGCAAUGAGAGCGACAAGCCCGUCAUUUGGCUCGAUGCCCUCAACCUGCCUUUGUUCAGGUUCGCCCGCGUGCAUAUCGCCGAGGGUUACGAGGAGAGCAGGUAUCCCAGCACUCUAUCCACCCCCUGCGAGUGGAGCCACCCCUGGGAGCACGUCGAGGCAUCCCUUCUCGCCCAGGAAGGUCCCCAUACUAUUCACCACUACACCACCAAGGGCGACCAGCCCCUCUCCACCACUCUCGGCGUGCAGGCCGAACGCAUCGAAGCCGGCCACAUCACGCAGGAGUCUCGCGACGUAGCGUCCUUCCUCGUCCACUGCUAUACCGGCGACGGCCUUACCAUCGUCGAGCCUCCCAACGGCCCCAAGAAGGUCAUCGAGUGGACGACGAGGGACACCUUCGUCAUCCCCGCCUACUCCAAGGUCACCCAUGUCAACAAGGGAACGGAACCUGCCUACCUUGUGCUUGUGCAUGACAAGCCUCUGCUCAAGAACCUCGGACUGAACAAGCCCGACUUUGUGUAA